AACUUAGAAAUUAAAUCAAAAACCCUUCUUCGCACCUCGCUCACUCUUCACACUCACACAAUCAAAAACCCAAAUACAAUAAAUCAAAAUUAAAACCUAGAAAUUAAAAAAUAAAAAUUAAAUAAAGUUUGAAUUCAAAAUCAAAAUUUCAAAACCUUUUAUUUCAGUUUAUUUUCCGAUACAUUCCGAAAUCUCGGCCGGUUCAGAGCGCGAUCUGUAAUUCAUUCUUUCUUUCUUUCAUUCAUUCUUGCAAAAGCUAUAGUAUCAAUCUAGGGUUUCGGAUUUUUCUUUUGGUUGCCGUGAAGAUUCGGCGAUGUUCACGCCGCAGAGGAAGGCGUGGCCGGCGGUGACGGCAAUUGCGCCGAGGAGUGCUUCGGCGGCGGCGACGGGGAAGGGUAAAGCGGUGGCGUUUCCUGAUAUUCCGCCGCCGUUGGAUUCGCUGAGCGGCGAGGCGGCGGAGAUUGGCGGCGGAGAUAUGGAGGACUGGAAGAGGUUCAGAGAGGCGGGGCUGUUGGACGAGGCGGUCAUGCAGAGAAAGGACCGCGAGGCUCUUCUUCUCAAGCUCUCGAAGCUUGAAAACGAGCUUUAUGACUACCAGUAUAACAUGGGGCUUCUCUUGAUUGAGAAGAAAGAGUGGACUUCCAAGUACGAAGAACUGACACAAGCGCUAGCGGAAACUCAGGAGAUCCUCAAACGUGAACAGUCAGCACAUUUAAUUGCAUUUUCUGAAGUUGAAAAGAGAGAGGAGAAUUUGAGAAGAGCAUUGAGCGCUGAGAAGAAGUGUGUGAUUGAUCUUGAAAAAUCUCUACGUGAACUUCAAGGAGAGCGUCACCAACUCAAACUUACAUCUGAGACAAAGUUAGCUAAUGCAGAUGCUUUGGUUGUUGGAAUUGGAGAGAAAUCUUUGGAGGUAGAAGAAAAGUUGCAUGCUGCUGAAGCCAAGCUUGCUGAGGUAAACAGAAAGAGUUCAGAAUUGGAAAUGAGAUUGCAAGAGGUGGAGGCUCGUGAAAGUAUUCUCCAGAGGGAGCGCCUAUCCUUAGUUGCUGAGCAAGAGGCACAUAAGGCAAUUUUUUAUAAACAAAGAGAAGACUUACGAGAGUGGGAGAGGAAACUGCAGGAAGGAGAGGAAAGGCUAUGUAACAAUAGGAAAAUCCUUCAUGAGAGAGAGGAGAAGGCAAAUGAAAUAGAAGCAACUAUUAAGCGGAAAGAGAGGAGCCUUGAAGAGGCCCAAAAGAAGAUUGACUUAUCGAACACAACGUUGAAAGAGAAGGAAGAUGAUAUCAACGAAAGACUGGCGGAUGUAGUUUUAAAGGAAAAAAAAGCUGACUCUCUGAGAAGCUCCCUUGAGAUGAAGGAGAAGGAAUUACUUGUGUUGGAAGAAAAGCUUGACUCUAGAGAAAGAGUGGAGAUUCAGAUUCUUCUUGACAAGCAAAGGGCUAUCCUGGAUGUUAAAAUGCAGGAGUUUGAGCUGGAACUAGAAGAAAAAAGGAAAUCCCUUAAUGAGGAAUACAGUAGCAAGUUAGAUGAGGUGGAGCAGAGGAAGGUUAAAAUCAACCAUGAGAAAGAGAAGUUGAUCAAACAAGGUCAAGCGUUGGAUAAAAGGGAAGAGAGACUGCGUGAGAAAGAGAAGGACAUUGAAACCAAGAUGAAAAGUUGUAAAGAGAUAGAAAAGGAUGUGAAAGCUAAUGAGAAAAGGUUGGAGGCAGAAAAGCAACAAAUACUUGCUGAUCAAGAGAGUCUGCAAAAUCUCAGAGAUGAAAUUGAGAAGGCAAGGGAUGAAAAUGCUCAGCAGAAGCUGCAAAUUCAAGAAGAGAGUGAGAAACUGAGGAUAACUAAGAAAGAGAGGUCAGAGCACCUCCGUUUGCAGUCACAAUUGAAACAGGAGAUAGAAAAUUACAGACUUCAGAAGGAGAUGCUUUUGAAGGAAGGUGAAGAUUUAAAACAAGAAAGGGAGAAGUUUGAGAAAGAGUGGGAAGUUUUGGAUGAGAAAAGAACAGAAACUAGUAGGGAGCUAAAACAAAUUGUUGAAGAGAAAGAGAAAUUGGAGAAAUUGCAACACUCUGAAGAAGAAAGGCUGAAAAAAGAGAAACGUGCAAUGCAGGACCAUAUAAAGAGGGAGUUGGGAGCUCUUCAACAGGAGAAGGAAUCAUUUGCAUCCUUAAUGAAGCAUGAGCAAUUAGCUCUAUCUGAGAAAGCACAGAAUGAGCAAAGUCAAAUGCUUCAAGAAUUUGAGUCGCAAAGAAGGGAUCUUGAGACUGAUCUGCAGAACAGACGUGAAGAAAUGGAGAGGUGUUUACAGGACAGGGAAAGAGCAUUUGAGGAGGAGAAAGAAAGAGAGCAUAAUAAUAUUAAGCACUUGAAUGAAGUUGCUGAGAGGCAAUGGCAAGAAGUGAAGUCCGAAAGGCUUAGACUACAGAAGGAAAAGGAGGAAUUUAAAUUGAACCAGAAGCAGUUGGAAGUGAACCAACUUGAAAUGAAUAAAGAUAUUGUUGAACUCAACGGUCUUAACAGUAAACUCAAGAAGCAGCGGGAACAGUUUAUUGAAGAAAGAAAUCGUUUCCUUGCAUUUGUUGAGAAGUUCAAGGGUUGCGAAAGUUGUGGGGAAAUCACAAGGGAGUUUGUUUUCUCGGAUCUCCAACUACCUGAAAAUGAAAUAAAACAUAGGGAGGCUAUUCCUGUACCGAGGCUGGCUGAUGAAUUUUUGAAUAGCCCUCAAGGCAAUGCAGCUGCUUCUGAUUUGGGAUAUUCAGACUCUGGGGGCCACAUGACAUGGCUCCGCAAAUGCACCUCAAAGAUUUUUAACUUAUCUCCAGGUAAAAAGAUUGAGAAUGUUUCUGCUCCCGUUUUGACAGAAUCAUCACCAUCGUCAGCCAUGCUGGUCAACAAAGGAGCUAGUGGGCAUGGUAUUUCUGAGGAUGAGCCACAGUCUUUUGGCAUGACUAAUGACACCUAUGAUGUUCAGCGGCAGCUCCAAUCUGAAAGCAUCAUUAGAGAGGUGGAUAAUGCUUGUGCCCCAUCAGUUGAUGAUCAUAGCUACAUGGACAGUAAGGUACAGGAAGUUCCAGAAGAUUCCCUGCAAUCAGAACUGAAGAGUGGUCGGCGCAAGCCUGCAAGGCAACGCAAGUCAGGAGUGUAUAGAAUGCGUUCUGUCAAGGAUGUUGUUAAAGAUGCAAAGGUUUUUCUUGAAAGAUCAGAAUUGAAUGCUAAUGCCCAGACUGAAGCUAUUGACCAUAUCAAUGAAGAAAGCAAGGGUGAUUCCAGUCGUGCUGAGAAAUCUGCUGGUAACAAUGCAAGGAAGAGGCAACAUGCACAAACCUCAAGGAUAACAGAGAGUGAGCAGGAUGAUGGCAAUAGUGAAGAGCAUUCAGAAAGUGUCACAGCUGGUGGACGCAGGAAGAGGCGUCAAACAGCUACUUCAGUCAUGCAAACUCCAGGAGAGAAGCGAUACAAUCUCAGACGACAUAAGACUGCAGGGAUAGUCACAGCAGCACACACCUCAGCUGACCUGACAAAGUCAAAGGGGAAAGAAGCCACUGAUGGUGAUGCAGUGGAAGUAGCACCAACACCUGAAGGUGUUUCUGCACCAUCAUCGAGCGUUGCUGGUAAGAAUGGCCAAAUUACAGGAUUGGUACAAGUUACAACAGUUAAAAGUGUGGAGAUCUCCGAGGAUAGAGUUGUUCGGUUUAAAACACCGUCAGACAUUGAUAAUGACGAUGGCGAUGUGGCAAAAUCGAUUGAAAAUGCCCAUUUGAGUGAGGAAGUAAAUGGUACCCCUGAAUAUGGCAAUGAAGAUGAGAAUGUGAGCACAAUCCAUGAAGCUGAGGAUAACUCUGAUGACGAUGAUGAUGAGUCAGAGCAUCCAGGUGAAGCUUCAAUAGGAAGGAAGUUAUGGACUUUCUUCACAACAUGAUGACUGCAGUAGUGUCUUCAGUUCACUCUUAGGAACUCCUCUUUCUCUCUCUCUCUUCUGUGUAUCAAAAUUGUGGAAUUCAUGUAAACUUUAGGGAUUCUAGCUUUAGUUAGAUUUUAAAGCAUUUUGUGGUUUUCCCUUUCCUUUUGGUCUUGUGUAUUUUGGGGAAUAGAAAAGAUUGCAGGAUAGCAUAAAGGAGGGUUCUAUUCUAGCUGUCAGACACUGGGGGGUGCAUGAUGUGCUGCUAGUUUCAGCAUGCCCAAGUUGAUUUUCUUUGUAUCCUGAUCGAUGGUGCAACUUCCACAUUUUUUAUCCUAAAUUGCUGGUCCGAUUUCCCUGUC